CGGGCCGCGUCGAGCCUUGCGGGUGAAUUUUGCGCUCAUGAAUGUCAGCAGCGAUGUAGUCUUCGUGAAGCAGAACACAUCUCAUGAUACAGAGAGCUUGGGCUUCGCCCUUCUCACAUCGCUGGCCAUUAUGGUCGGGUGCUCCUGGGUUUUCCACCGUCUUCAGCGGCGGUUCCCACACCUCUACGAUGCAAGUGAGCCUCGAGAUGCCAUGAAACUCCCCUUGGUGUCUUCUGGGAUCUUUGGCUGGCUUCGUGCCAGCUUGGGCUUCAGGCUCAAUGAUGCAAUGCCAGUGGGCAUGGACCAGAUCAUGCUUCUUGAGUUCACCCAUUUCGGAAUGAAAGCCAUGUUCGGGAUUGGUCUGCCUGCCACGAUGAUUUUGGCUCCACUGCACUCCACUGCGACACAUGCCACGGAUGACUUGCUGGGCCAAAUCAGUUUGGGCGAUGGGGCAGAAGCGUGGAUUCUGUGGGCGCACGUGGCCUUUGUGUGGUAUGUGGUACUGCUGGUACUCUACCUAGUUUGGCACGUGCAGCGGAGCCAAUUUCGUCAAAGGCGCAGCUGCUGGCUUCAAUCUCUGCAAGAGCCAAUGUCCACAAGCCUAUUGGUGGAAGGCAUCCCGGAGGUCGGUCGCACGGAGGAAAGCUUGGCCCACUUUUUCCAUGAGAUCUUCGGGAAGCCUGUGGUGAAAGCUGCCAGCUUCGUCCGAGACACCUCCUCGCUGGAGCCACUCUUGGAGGAGCGCAAUGCGCUCUCAGAAGAGUUGGCUGAGAAGGCGUGUGCGCCAGAGCACGCGGAGCACGUCCAAAGGGUCGAAGAAACCAACGACCUCGAUGAACCGACCAUCCAGGCAGUUGAGGUGGAAGCGCUUGAGCAGCGCUACAACAUGGCGGCAAGGGAAGUGGAGCAGCUGGCAGAACAAAUCUUCAGUUCUCCCAGCUACGCCUCCGACGCGGCCUUCGUCACCUUCCGCGACCGGCGCCACGCGGAGUUCGCCCGGCGGCUGAAGUACAGCGAGAAUCCCAACGUCUAUGCCGUCAGUAUGGCGCCGGCGCCCUGGGAUGUGAACUUCGGCAGCUUCAGUCAGGAGACGGCCAACCUCUCGAAAGGCAAAGCCCUUCUGGGUCGAAUCUUGGUUGCGGCUGUGUUCUUCGGCUUUCUUCCAGUGGUGAUCGGUAUCUCUUCGAUGCUCUCGGUGGAUUCCCUCUCACAGUUGCUUCCAGGCUUGAAGGAGUGGUCGAUGGAGUACACCUACUUGACGGCCGCCUGGGAGGCCUUGUGGGGCACAAGCCUUCUAUCGAUGCUCAUGGACUUAGUUCCCUGGAUCCUGCAAGUCGUCUUCCGUCGCUUCUAUCGCCUCCGCAGUGGCGUGAAAUGCCAACAGAAGAUCCAGCGGUGGUAUUUCACCUUCCUAGUGGUCUUCGUCCUCCUGGUCACGGCGGUCGGCACGUCGCUCUUCGAGGCAGCCGCACGCUUCGCACAGGCACCCUUGCAGGUCUGGCGCUUGCUGGCCAUUCAGCUACCACACGCCACCAACUUCUACCUCCGCUACGCCGUGCUGUUGUGGGCGGCCCCCUUCUUCGACUUGCUCCGAGGUUUGCCGCUGCUACGCUUUUGGCGAGCCGUGCAAGCCGGAGAGCCUGUCAGCACUGCUAGGCAGAUGGCAGAGCCGGAGGACCAGGCGUUUCAUGGUUCGGGCGCACGCAGUGCCCGUUGGUCGCUGCACGUGGUGAUGGGUCUCACGCUUUGUAGCUUGCAGCCCUUCGUCCCGGUGGUCCUGGGCUUUGGCUUCCUAUGUCGGCGCUUGGUCUUUGGGUUUCUUAUGGUGUUCGUGGAGACGAAGAAGUCGGAUUCGGGUGGUCAGCUCUGGCGUGUCCAGAUGCAACACACCCAACUGGGCUUGGUGAUUUAUAUCAUCGUCAUGACAUUGAUUCUUCUGGAGCGAGAUGAGUCCAUGGUGGCGGCGAUCCUGGCGGGGAGCAGUGGCUUCUUCGUGGCACUCUUCUGGUUUUGGUAUCCAUCUUUGCUGGAACUGGCCUCCUUGCCUGUGCAGCAGGCGGAACAGGCCACGACGCUGGGACGCAGCUGCGAGGAGGUCGAGGUCGAGGAGGUCGAAGUUUCAACUCCUUAUCUUCAGCCAGAACUGCAGCAGUCCCUUCCGGUGAGUCUUUCCAUGGGGUCCACGGUGCACUGGCGCGACUUGGACCGAGCACUGCAAAGGGCCAGCGAAGGUGCGCUCGCCGCAAGCGCCGCGCGCGUCAGCGCGAGCGCUGCGAGCUUGGCGCCGAAGCUGCCCAGCCGCAGCAGGAGGCCUUUGCUGAGUUGCUUAGGCCUUUGCUGAGUUGCUUAGGCCUU